ACAGUGCAGUGAUGUCGGCACUGGUUUGCCUCGUAGCUGGUGCACUUUUCUUCUAUGUGAUAGUGUAUUACGCUGUGUUUAGAGGAGCCAGGUGUUCCAGUUUAGUGAGGCUGAAUGGGAAGACGGCCAUUGUUACAGGAAGCAACACUGGCAUUGGCAAGGCCACGGCUCUGGAACUGGCAAAGAGAGGAGCCAGGGUGAUCCUAGCCUGCCGCAACAAGGACAAAGCUGAGUCAGCUGCAUAUGACAUCCGUAGAGAGAGUGGGAACAAUCAGGUGGUGUUCAUGCAGUUGGAUCUCGCGAGUUUCAAGUCUGUUCACAGCUUUGCUGAAAUUUUCCUGAAGUCUGAACCCAGACUGGACAUCCUCAUCAACAACGCAGGUGUGAUGGGUCCAGGAUGUACCGAGGAUGGAUUUGGCAUGGCGUUUGGGGUUAACCACCUGGGUCACUUCCUGCUUACCAACCUUCUCCUGGAGCGCCUGCAGCAGUGUGGUCCCAGUCGCGUGCUCACUGUGGCCGCACUGCUGCACUGCUUUGGCAGCGUUGACUUCCCUCUGUUGGCUUCCAGGAAGGACUUAGUAUCUGGUCAGUCCACCUGGCACAACUUUCAAGCCUAUUGCAACAGCAAGCUGUGUAAUGUGCUGUUCACCAGGGAGCUGGCCAACAGGCUGGAGGGUACCGGUGUCACCUGCUACAGCCUCCACCCAGGAGUCAUCUACACAGAACUGUGUCGCAGUCUGAGCCUGUGGCAGCAGCUUCUCCUGAUGCCCUUGGCCAAGCUCUUCUUCCUGGAUCCUGAGGGGGGGUCCCAGACCACCCUGCACUGUGCCCUGCAGGAGGGCAUUGAGUCCUUCAGCGGACGCUACUUCUCUAACUGUGCACUGCAACAGGUGGGAGCCAAGGGACGAGAUGAUGCUCUGGCAAAGAAGCUGUGGGAAUUGAGUGAGAGGUUAACUGGUUUAUCAUAACAGACUGAAUCCUAAUCCAGUGUGAUCGCUCUGUGCCUUAUGGUCUGUUCCUUUAAGGGCUGGUUUCUAAUGGUCUUAUACAUGUUUGACAUAGGGAACAGAAAGCAGUGCAGUGUUUUACUAUUUCUAUUAUCUGCAUAACCUUACAUUUGUUCCUGUUGUUUAAUAAAUGGCAGUUAUCCACAAAG